AUGGAUGAGCAUUUCAAAGCUUUAGAAAGGAUUGAGAAGUGUUGCUGCCAUUACUAUUACCUGCCAUGGGGAAAUGUGGAACCUGUGGUGGUCUUGUCUUCAGAGUGGGAGGAUGUCGGCCCUCGCAUAGAGGCCCUAAACAUGCUGCUCAGCAUAGUCGACCGAUUGGAAUCAAACCUGGAGCAGGUACAGCUGACGCUCAAAGCAAGCAAUGACGAACAGGAAGUGGAGCAGAAGGUCAUCCAGCUGCUUGAUGAUGUCAUUGCCGACUGCAGUGAGGAGCUUCCCGAGUUGGAUAAAUGGUCCUGUGUGACUGCGCUGGAUAAAGCCCUGAGGAAUCUGCGUAAGAUUAACAUGCAGCAGAUAGUGCAGGCGGCACUGGCGCUCAAACACGGACCAGAGACCGAGCUGAGUGCAGUGCUGGAGCAGGCGGAGGACUGGACCCAGAGACUACGCCACCUAUCUGAGGAGGUGAAAGAGAUGUGGCCUUAA